UGAGCCCACCCAGCCGGCCCGUCAGAGCUGAAGUGGUUAAUGGAAACUCGGCUGCUGGGCUGAGUAAAAACUGCGAGAGGUUUCGUCAGACCAGACAGACCAACUAAUGAGUGAAAAGCAGAGAAAUGCCCUGACUUCUGCUUUGACUGCAGACUUCCUGGCAUCACGUCACUGUGGUUUAACGGACACCCUGUAAAGCUGUGCGCAGCCGAGAGACGCUCAGAAAGACGACUGAGGCUGCAACAGUAACAGCAAACAAUCAUCAACUUGGCGACAAGCUUCAUCUCUUCCCCUGCUUCUCAGAUGGCUUCAACCGAUAUGGCGACGACAAUAGAUGAGCCUGACUAUGGCACCCAGACGGUGACCCCAUCGCCAGACUAUGAGGAUUAUUCCUACUUGAUGUGCGACCGGGAGUCAGUGCGGUUAUUCAGAAGUUACUAUGAGCCACCGCUCUUCUGGACCAUCACCAUGGUGGGCGGACUGGGAAACCUGGCUGUGGUCUGGGUCUACCUUCACUUCCGUCAGCGUCUGAAGACCAUGACGGACGUCUACCUGCUGAAUCUGGCCGUGGCCGACCUGCUGUUCCUAGUGACCCUACCGCUGUGGGCAGCCGAGGCUUCCCACGGCUGGAGCUUCGGUCAGGGCAUCUGCAAGGUCAACUCGGCACUCUACAAGAUCAACCUGUUCAGCAGCAUGCUGCUGCUGACCUGCAUCAGCGCUGACCGCUACGUGGUCAUUGUGCAGACCACGAAGGCGCAGAACUCCAAGAGGGAACGUCUGCGCUUCAGCAAGCUGGUGUGUGUGGGGGUGUGGCUGCUGGCCGUGCUGCUGGCCACGCCCGAGUUCAUCUUUGCCACCACCACGAUGGUGGAUGACAAAGAAUACUGCCGGCCGGUGUACCACGCCAACAUCGGGAACCGCACCAAGGUGCUGGUCCUGGCUCUGCAGGUCAGCGUGGGCUUCUGCCUGCCCUUCCUCAUCAUGGCCUUCUGCUACAGCGUCAUCGUCAGCACUCUGCUAAAAACCCGCAACUUCGAGAAGCACAAAGCCAUGCGCGUCAUCCUGACUGUGGUGGUUGUGUUCAUCCUCUCUCAGAUGCCCUACAAUGGCCACCUGGUGGCGGAGGCCAUCCAGGCCACCAACACGACCACGGAGAUGCUGUGUGAGGAGCAGAAGCGUUUCGACGUGGUUGGUCAGGUCCUGAAGAGCCUGGCCUACACCCACGCCUGCCUCAACCCCUUCCUCUACGCUUUUGUUGGGGUUCGUUUCCGUAGAGACGUGCUGCGGCUGCUGCAGGUGUACCGCUGCCUGCCUUCCAAGGGAACGCCGGGCAAGCAGUCGGCCGGCCCGCCCCGAGCCUCGGUGAUGUCUGACACCGACACCACGCAGGCUCUGUCACUGUAGGACUUCCUGUUGGCGCUCGGACAAAGCGAGUGUGUUGUUGACUCACGUUCUUGUCGUGGUUUCACUGACUGCUGCUUCACUGCUGUGUGAGGCAGACUGAGCCAGAGACUUUCCCCUCACACAAACUGGGACUCAGCAUUAAUCUAACAGGACUGGUACAACUCUGAAUGUCUCCUGGACUUUGGGUUGUGUGGUGCGGAUUGAUGAAUACUCUGUGGUUUCAGGUUUAACAAAAUAAAGCUGUAGUGAGGGCCAGCAAAAGAAUGUGAUUUUAAUAACAUUUUAUCUCUCUAGCUGAAGGUUUGCUGUUUGUUGUUUGUUGUCGCAGCAAGUCAUAUUAACCCGUUCAGCUCCGGACCCCCUGUGACUCCCCCUCAGUGAGCUGGCAGCAGGUUGUGUUUCCAUCCAGCAGCACAGAGGCUCCGCCAUGUCGAAGCUCCGUCACUCUGACACUGAGGGAAAUAUUCAAAGCCAAGAUGCUGUUGUUGUAUGGCUGCAGAAUCACAUCAGAUAGAGAAGACCUUCAUGUCUUGUGCAGCAUUUUAGACACACGUUCUGCAGCAGAAUUGACCAUAAAGUUCUGGGUGUUUGAUCAAAGCUGGGCUGUGCAGGGCUGAGGAGCCCAGUUCACUUACAGCAGCAUCUCUGAGCCAGUGUCAUGUUAGUGACGCACAUCUUUUUGUUUAAGCUUGUCUUUUGUUCUCAUUGCGUGCAUUUAAAUAGAGAAUGUGUUUACUGUGUGUAUAUUACAGCGUAUGUGUGUCAGUUUGCUGUCUAUCAUCACUUUCAUUGGACCGAAUGUAAAAUAAAUCUGUUGAUGAAAA